CUGGGCUACCAGUCCGUGCCGAGCGGGAGCAGCGGGAAUCUCUCCACCUCUUCGUCGUCCAGCCCGCCCGGCACCCCGAACCCGUCCGAUUCCUCGAAAUCCGCGGCGGCCGGAGGAGGAAGUGGCGGCGCCGUUUACCCGGCAGGCCCCGGCGGCGGCGGCAGUGGCGGGGGCAAGAACAAGUCCAAGAAGUGCGUGGACAAGCACAGCGAGGAGUACAAGAUCCGCCGCGAGAGAAACAACAUCGCCGUGCGCAAGAGCCGCGACAAAGCCAAGAUGCGCAACCUGGAGACGCAGCACAAAGUGUUGGAACUGACGGCCGAGAACGAGAGGCUGCAGAAGAAAGUCGAGCAGCUGUCCCGGGAACUCAGCACCCUCAGGAACUUGUUCAAACAGCUGCCCGAGCCGCUUUUGGCGACCUCCGGACAUUGCUAGCCCUCUCCCUCCCCAUUGGCCCCGUACAGCUGGACGCCGCUGGAACAGCGCUGUGGUUUGGGCAGGG